GUAUUCGACAUUAGCAAAGUCCGACGUACACACACACACGCAAACACACAUACACAAGGAAAGAUGGGUCGUGCGUCAAAGGACAAGCGCGAUAUCUACUACCGCAAAGCGAAGGAAGAGGGCUACCGCGCCCGCAGCGCGUACAAGCUACUCCAAAUCCACGAGGAGUUCAACAUCCUCGACCCGGCUGAGAUCCGCACGGGGGCUGUGGACCUGUGUGCGGCCCCGGGUAGUUGGUCGCAGGUACUGGCCCAUCACUUCAAAACCCUCGCAGCCACAACGGCAUCAUCCUCAUCAUCGUUGUCUUCGGCAUCACCGCUGCCCCCGCCCCGCGUCGUCGCCGUCGACUUACAGGAGAUGGCUCCCAUUGAAGGCGUGUAUGUUUUGCAGGGCGACAUCACGAGCGAGGCGACGGCGCACGAAAUCAUCCGCCUGCUGAAUGCGCCAGAGGACAGCCUCCACCUCACUGCCACUACCGCUACUGCUGCUGUUACCCCUGCCGCUCCUGCUCCUCAAGACGGCGAUCAACCUACGUCACCCUCUUCAUCUUCGAAGGGCGCUUCCCCGCGCAAGGCGGAUAUCGUGAUCUGCGACGGCGCCCCCGAUGUCACCGGCAUGCACGAACUAGACGAGUAUCUGCAGCAUCACCUGCUACUCGCUGCCCUGCACAUCACCACGUUUAUGCUCCGCCGCGGGGGCUGCUUUGUGACGAAGAUGUUCCGCGGCCCUAACACGCCCUUCUUAAUCGCCAAGAGCGAGGUCUUCUUCGACCAGGUACGCGUCGUGAAGCCCAAGUCGUCGCGGAAUGCGUCAAUGGAGAGCUUCCUGCUGUGUCAGGGCUUCCGACUCCCACCCGGGUACGUGCCACGCUUCCUGGGAGACGCCACAGCCACGACGCACGCGGCGAGUGCUCCUUACCACAGAAAUGAAGAAGAGGAGGAAGAAGGAAAACGAGAAGAGAUCGUCGUACGGACGGACGAGACGGUGCAGGUACACGCAGCGGGUCCGCUACAAGCGAGCGACUUCACCCCGGCAGCUCCGCGUUAUCGCUACGCCGUCGCCGCUCCUGGUGCUGCUGUUGCUACUGCCGGCGGUUUAUCGGCCGUGGCAGCGUCGUCGUCUUCGUCGGAGUCACGGGCAGCCUGUACGCUGCCCGGCAGCGUCCUCGCGCCGUUCUUGUCGUGCGGGGACUUGAGUGGGUUUGAUGCGGAUAUGUGCUACGACCGGCCGGCGGACACGACGGUGCUGGCGCCGGUCCAACCCCCUCUGCAAGCGCCGUACUUAGCUGCUGCUGCUGCUGCGGCGGCGGCGGCGGCGGAGGUGAAGACGGCGACGACGGGGAGCGAUACGUCGAUGAAGCGGUUGAAGGUGGAGGCGCCGCCUUGA